AUGAUUUCAAAAAAGUCAACGUCAUUUUAUGUGGAAUCUCCACCAAUUUAUGAAGUAGAAAAUUUUUGGGAGUGUCUAUACGGAAAUAAACUACUACCGUCAGCCUAUUGUUUAGUUUUUUCGCAAAUAAUUCCCAAAGAAAAUUCCUCCCUUUGGAAACAAAUUCAAGAAUAUUCGACUGAUUUCAAGCAUAAUUUUCGUCAUGAUUUUUUAACCUUUGGAGUUUGCGUCCAAGCAUGCAAAAAAUUGUUAAAAGAAAAAGAGGAUGAAAAUGAGGAUGAAUUUAUUACUUCGGAAACAAAUAUUGACAACUUAGCAAUAAAAAAACAUUUGCAAAUUCUUAAUGAUCCAGAUACCAAAUUUAAAAGCUAUGAUUUAACAAUAAAAAAGUGUUUAAAUUUUCGUUUCAUGAAGAAAUAUGCUCUGGAAUUGAAAAGUAUAACAGCUACAUGUACUGCAGGCUCCGAAAUGGUUUACAUGCGUUUUUGGGAUAUAACAUUUAUUCUUUUACUUUUAACUAUUAUAAUUUUUAUUGUUGCUUCUUCUUUAUAUGACUUUCAGUUGAAAUCGAAACAUUCAUGUAAUUUAAAUUCAAACUUGCAUUAUAAAGCGGAAAUAGAAUCUCAAAGUAGCCUUCGAUUUUUUUUGAUGGUCAGCGUAAUUUUGAGUCACACCUUAAUUGUAAUGUUAUUAGUUGGCCCUAGUAAUACCCAAUAUAUUGAGGAAUUUCAUCACCAUUUUGAAAAAAAUUUAUUGUUAAAUGGCACAAUAAUACUACAGACAUAUUUUGUUAUAGGAGGGCUUCUUUUAACUUUAGGAUUCAAUAUAGAAAUUAACAAAAACAAAAAUAAAAAUUAUGUAAAAUUAUUUUUAAAAUUUAUUCUAUUGCGCUAUGUACGAUUAGUACCAAUUUACGCAUUUGGGAUAUUAUUCAAUAUUAGUUUCUUUACAAAAAUGAUGCAUGGUCCGUUCUGGAAAUAUGUAACGCAGAGUGAAAAAGUUUGUUGUCAACGUUAUUGGUGGGCUAAUAUGUUGUUCAUUAAUAAUUAUGUUUCACUUGAUGAGCAAUGUCUCCCUCAAACAUGGUACCUAGCUGCUGAUUUUCAAAUGAAUAUGGUACUUUUGGUGUUUCUAAUUUUAAUCGAAAAAAUACCAUGUAUGAAAUACUGGAUAUUGCUGUUUUGGAGCGGUCUUGCUAUUUUAUUACCGGCAAUAACAGUUUAUUUGAAUAAAUUUGAGGGAGUUUUUUUAAUAGCUCCAGAAAGUUAUCGAUACGGCAUUUGGUUUGAUGAACAUUUCAAAUAUUAUUUUAUUCCUACACAUAAUAAUAUGGGGGGUUAUCUGGUUGGUUAUAUAUUAGGAAAAGUAUUAUUAAAAUUUGAGGAAACUCAUAUUCAAUUAGAAAAAAAUUUUAAAUUCAAAUUGUUAUGGUAUAUCAACAUACCAUUUGCAUUAUUUGUAGUAUUCAGUGGACUCAUAUUUUAUGAGAUUGACUUUCCAAAACCAUCAAUAUUUGCAGCUAUUUAUGCAGGAAUAAUAAGAAAUUUGUGGGCCGUAAUGUCUGGCAUCCUAAUUUUAGGAAUGGCUUAUAAAAUUGGAUGGAUCAUUUAUGAAAUCUGUUCCAUACCAAUAUUUCGCGUUUUUGGAAGAUUAUCCUUAAGUUGCUUAAUAUUUCACACGCACGUUAUACGAAUAUUUUGUGGAAUUUUGCAUAGUCCACCGUACUUAUCAAAUUUUAUAAUGCUUAUUAUUAUUCUGGGGGUUGUGUGUGCAUCGUAUGUUUCUUCAUUUCUAUUAACAAUUUUGAUAGAAUAUCCAAUAGCAAAUUUAGUUAAAACACUGUUGGUAAAAGCAAUCAAAUCAAACAUUUAA